AUGGGCGGAAAACUGCUGUACGUCUACCUUUUGCUAGCUUUGGUCACAAUUACCACAUGUAAACCUCGAAUGAAUACUCUGCAGAACUUUUUCAGGAGAGGUGAGUUGGUAAAUAAAAAACUAGUUAAAACUUUUGUUCAUCAUCUAAGAAUUAAGUCAUAAACACUAAAAUCAGAACUAUAUUGAAUAUGAUUGAUUGAUUUUGAAUAUGCCAUACUUUCCUUUCUUAAAAAAUAACUCACGAUCCCUGAGUCAUUUCCUCAGGAGUGUGUAAACCGUAGAAUCUUCAUGCAGAGAUAUAUGACAAAAAACUAUUUCAAACUUAGAAAAGGAUAAAAAGUUAGGUACUUUUCCUUUUUGUUAUAAACUUAUUCUCCCCUUAGUUUAUCCUUUUUAGGUUUAAUAUUUCUUUGCCGUUUCAGUGUGAUAUUUCCAAAACACUCCCUCAUUCAUUCAUUUAAAGAUCACCUCAAAACAAUUCGAGCCGUAUACUAGGAAGCGUUUUGCCUGCUGCUUUUGUUGUUUCGUACAACUGGGGUUAAACGUACGGAAAAACGGGCAACAAGAAAGGUGAAACUUGUUUUGCAACAUUGCUGUAAAACGAGUUGAAUAGCGAUGUUGCGCGUUUUACCACCCACUUUCAAUACUGUUAACAAAAACCUGAUUUGUUGCAAGACAGGUUUAAUGUGGGUGGAAAACGCGCAACAUCGCUGUUCAACUAGUUUUGCAGCAAUGUUGCAAAACAAGUUGCACGUUUUUCCGUACCUUCAGGAACACUAGCCGGUUAACAAUAUCAUCACGACUCAAUUGACCAACCAUGUCAAUAACCAGAGUUUUAUACAGUCAACUGACGUGAUACAACUCAAUUUGACUCUGAGGAUGACUACCGUGCAGGUGGUCACGCCAGUCACUGUCAGUCUACUGUCAACAACAGUCCUAGUCAGGACUACACUCAUUCGGACAAUCAUGCUCAACCUACUUAUGAAAUGACUCCAAGGUUGAAACCUUUCACAAAAAAUAGUCUUAUAGUUACUGUAGUUUUUAUUGCAUCUAAUUUUGGCAAAAAUAAAAUGAAGAGUGACUAAACAAAUGGUCUGAAUGGCUGAAGAACAACAGCCUAAUUUCUGACCUUCUCGAAAAGAAGGUGGGAGGUGAAUUAUUAUGGUGGUGGGUAUUUACCGAGACUAAAAGGUGUUGCUUAGUAUUUACCAAAUCAGCUGGAUAAAGUUACAAAAGUCUUGAAUCAGACAGUGUUUGUAAAUAUUUCCAGGAUUUUGUCAAUUGAAUUUUUCAUGUUUUUUUGAGAAGUUAGUAGGAAGACAAUUUUCUAGCCGCCAGAUAACACCGUCAAGCCAAAUUUCCUCGCUUUCCAGGUAAUUGUUAGUAUCGGUUGCUUUUUUCGUCGCUUAAAUUUAUAAUUUAUUUCGUCCAAUAUAAAACUGGCGCGAAAAGAGACUGACGCCGGUUUGGGUCGCCCCAUAUAUGGAAAUCCAAGACUUUCUUAGCUUGGAUUCCAGAUUCCAAUCCACCAAGCAGAAAAUUAAAUUACUGGAAUUCGGAAUCCGGAUUAUCGUACAUGGAGCAAAAUGGGAGCUAACAUAAACGCCUGAAAAUUGCUAUCUGCUGAUUUGGUAAAUAUCAGCUAUUAUGACCUAAAGAGAAUAACUAUUCUGUCUUAUUCUCUCUUGCUAUUGACCUAUUGUGCAGAAAUUACGAAAGGAGAAGACAAGCGAGCCAUCCCACGCUGCACAGACUUCUGCUCGACUUAUUCCAACUGCCAGGGAUUUGAUGCUUACGGAGAAUAUUUCUUUGUUUACGGACGUUGUCCUUCAGGACUGGUGUGCUGUUAUUAUUAUAAAUAUAGUAUCGACGAGUGA